GGUGUCGGAAUGAUAUCUCGGUCGUACAACUUUAUUACAUGAACUCUGUGGUAAGGAUACGCAAACGGUUCGCUUUUAUCGACCUCUGCGUCCUAAAAUGAUCAUUUGCACACGCCGUAUGCUACAAUGGCUCACGUUUUCACAGUUUUGAAUAGCAGAACUUUCAGUCGUGGGACGUCAAUGUUAGGUCGUCACAUUAAUGCGAGCAUGAGACAUCUAUCAUCAAAUCACGUUUUUGUCAGCAGUGUGCGGCCUCUUACCGUGAGCCAUCAUUUGCUCACCAAGCCGAAUAAACCUGGACAAGAUGUCCAGGAGGAGACGACUACUGAGCCCAUCCGCUUCUCCACCAGCAAGGCCAGUCACAGGGCGUGGAAGGUGGAGCGCUCCAUGGGGAGCCAGCACCAACGCCCCUUGUGGAAAGUGGUCCCCCUCAGUGUCAUCGCCGUGGCCUUCCUGCUGUGGUGCGCCUUGAGGGAUGAGUCGGACAUUGAUGAGCGGUUGGACAAAGAACUUUACCAGCAUUUACCCGGAUUGCUCUCCAAUCAAGAAAACGAGGAAAAGAAAUGACAUUUGGAAUGUGUGUACACUGUCUUACAAUAGCAACCGGGACAAAUGGCAACCACCAAUGUGGACUUAAAAC